GUGAGCAGUGCACAGCGGCGAUUGGCUGGCGGGCUUGAAGGAGGCGUGGUCCCUGGGUCCAGGGCGGUUAGCUGCUGCGCGCAAGCUCCGGGAUCGGACCUGUCCCUCUGCGCUCGCUCGGCCCGUAGUUCAUGGCCGCCCCUCUGCGUCCCGUGCCGCCACAGCCCGCCCCGCGCCGCUCGCCGCCCACAGCUCCACUGGGCCAUGACACGAGCGACGUCCUGCAGCAAAUCAUGGCCAUCACCGACCAGAGCCUGGACGAGGCUCAGGCCAGAAAGCAUGCCCUGAACUGCCAUCGGAUGAAGUCUGCUCUCUUCAGUGUGCUCAGCGAGAUCAAGGGGAAGACUGCUGUGAGCGUCCAGACGCAGGAAGAGGACCCUCCCGAUGCCCAGCUGCUGAGGUUGGAUAACAUGCUGCUGGCUGAGGGUGUGUCCAGGCCAGAGAAGCGAGGACGAGGAGGAGCAGCGGCAGGCAGCACAGCAACACCAGGUGGCUGCCCAAAUGACAAUAGCAUUGAACACUCAGACUACAGGGCCAAGCUGUCCCAGAUCCGACAGAUUUACCACUCAGAGCUAGAGAAGUAUGAACAGGCCUGUCGUGAGUUCACCACGCACGUCACCAACCUUCUCCGGGAACAGAGUAGGGUGAGGCCCGUGUCCUCCGGGGAGAUCGAGCACAUGGUGAGCACCAUUCACAGCAAGUUCAGUGCCAUCCAGAGGCAGCUGAAACAGAGCACCUGUGAGGCUGUGAUGACCCUACGCUCACGGUUCCUGGAUGCCAGGCGCAAGCGGCGGAAUUUCAGCAAGCAAGCCACCGAGGUGCUGAAUGAAUACUUCUAUUCCCAUCUGAGCAACCCUUACCCCAGUGAAGAGACCAAGGAAGAGCUGGCCAGGAAGGGUGGCAUCACAGUGUCCCAGGUCUCUAACUGGUUCGGCAACAAAAGAAUCCGGUACAAAAAGAAUACGGGGAAAUUUCAAGAAGAAGCCACCAUGUACACGGGGAAAACAUCCACAGUCACUAAGACCCGGGUCUCCGGGGGUCAGACCAGCUGCCAGUCCACACCCAGCCCAGACUCCUGUGGCCCCUUCCCACUGACCAGUGGAAGUGACAUGGUUCUCACCCUGCGGACCCUGGCCUUCCUCCAGCCCCCACCCGGAGGAGUCUGCCUACAGCCCCUGCACUGAGCCAAGAGUCAGACUGAGGGCAGUGCCAUGCCCUGCAGGCACCCACCUAAGUCUCCUUUAGGUAAACUAUGACCCAAGCACACCCUGUAUCUUGUUGUUGUUGUUUGUUUGUUUGAGAUGUUCUUUCUACAUAGCCCUGGCUGUCCUGGUAUUCACUUUAGAUCAGGCUAGCCUGGGAUUCACAGAAGUCUUCCUGCCACUGUCUCCUGAGGGCAUAAAGGAAGGCACCAUCAAGACAGAUCCAUGCCAACCCCUUCAUGCGCAUUUAGCCAUUCAGCUGGUUCUUGUUAAAGGUCACUCUGCCAGCAUGGCCCCUGCUCAGCCAUGAGGCAGUGCCUUGCCUGAUACAGUGUACCCCAACAGUGUCCCCUGAGCUUAGCACACCUGUCCAGCCGUCCCUAGACAGAUGGGCAGAGUAGCCCCAGUGUGUGCUGUGGUCAUGCACACUGCAGACAAGCAGAGGCUUCUGCUCCUGUGAGGAAGGGCUCUUACUGCCUAUGAGCCAUGGCCCUGCCACAGGCUGGUGGCUCUGACAUUCACAAGGCACUUAAUGGAGGGAUGUGGGUUCAGUGCCCACCCUGUCACCCUGCCGCUCAGCUGGUUCUUUCUGGACACCUCAGCUAGCAUGUUCUACAUUCCUCUGGGGACCCCAGAACUGGAUGGUUACCCCCUCUCGUGCUCUUGUCU